AUGGGGGCAGUUGGGAACGGUGGAGUUCCACGCCGCUUUGCGGCACCGCCGGGGUGGGGGUCGCGCCGUGUGCCCCCACAGCCCCGCGUUGUGCCCGCACCAAAGCUGCCCUCCUCGGGAGAGGAUCGCCGUCCCCAGCGGUGGUCCCGGAGCCGCUACGCCAUCCGCUGCCGCAUCUCCCAUCCCAGCCCCUUCCCCGCAGGGCACGGCGGUACCGGAGCCUCUCGCCCCCGGGUGGGGAUGCGGGCAGUGGUGCCCCGAGCGGAGGCAGCGGGAUCCCCCCGCGGGGGGACCCCGCCCGGCACCGGGCUCUGCGGCAGCGGGACCCCCGGGUCGCCCCGUCUCCGCUCCCGGGUGGGGACGGGUUCGGUCCCUCUGGGGGGCCCCUGGAGUCCCUCUGCUCCAAGCCGGGGACGAAGCGUAGGGACGGGGCUGCGCCCCCACCCCUCCCGUCAUCGCCGCCCGGGGGGGCGGGAGGAGCCCGGCGCGGCCCCUCCCGGAGCUCCCACCCCGCACCCCCGGCGGAAGGCGGCGGACCGGGGAAGGGAGGGUGGGCACCGCGCCCCCGCUGCGGGAAACCCGCGGGCAGCGCAGCCGCAACCGCAUCCCGGUGGCCGCGGGCGCUCCGGGGCCGGGUUUGGGGGGGGCGGUCCCUCCGGCGGCGAUGGGGCGGGGGCGAGCGGCAGCAUGAGGGGCGGCGGGGAGGGCGCGGGGGGCGCGGAGCCGCGGUCGCGGCUGCGGGCGUUCGCUUCCAGCUCGUCGCUGCACGGCAUCAGCCACAUCUUCGCGUACGGAGCGGCGCUGCGCCGGGCGCUGUGGGGCGCCUUCUUCCUGGGCGCGCUGGGGCUGCUGCUGCUGGUGUGCGCCGAGCGCGUCGCCUAUUUCCUCACCUACCCGCACGUCACCAAACUGGACGAGGUGGCCGCGCACAACCUCACCUUCCCGGCCAUCACCAUCUGCAACCUCAACGAGUUCCGCUUCUCCAAGAUCACCCGCAACGAUAUGUACCACGUGGGAGAGCUGCUGGCGCUGCUCAACGAGCGCUACGAGAUCAGCAACCCGCAGCUGGCCGAGCCCGCCGUGCUGGCCGCGCUGCGCGACAAGGCCAACUUCAAGAACUUCAAGGCCAAACCCUUCAGCAUGGCCGAGUUCUACAACCGCACCGGCCACGACCUGGCCGACAUGCUGCUGCAGUGCUCCUUCCGCGGCGCCGGCUGCUCCGCACGCAACUUCAGCGUGAUCUUCACCCGCCUGGGCAAGUGCUACACCUUCAACUCGGGGCAGCCGGGCACGGAGCUGCUGACCACGCUGCAGGGCGGCGCGGGAAACGGGCUGGAGCUGAUGCUCAACAUCCAGCAGGAGGAAUACCUGCCCGUCUGGGGGGACACGGACGAGACGUCGUACGAGGCGGGGGUGAAGGUGCAGAUCCACAGCCAGCAGGAGCCGCCCUUCAUCGACCAGCUGGGCUUCGGCGUGGCACCCGGCUUCCAGACCUUCGUGUCGUGCCAGCAGCAGCGGCUGGUGUAUCUGCCACCGCCCUGGGGGGACUGCAAGGCCACCCCCAUCGAGUCCGACUUCUUCACCAACUACAGCCUCACCGCCUGCCGCCUGGACUGCGAGACGCGCUACCUGGCCGAGAACUGCAACUGCCGCAUGGUGCACAUGCCCGGCAACGCCAACGUCUGCACGCCGGAGCAGUACAAGGAGUGCGCCGACCCCGCGCUGGAUUUCCUGGUGAAGAAGGACAGCGAGUACUGCGCGUGCCGCACGCCCUGCGACACCGUGCGCUACGGGAAAGAGCUUUCCAUGGUGAAGAUCCCCAGCAAAGCCUCCGCGCGGUACCUCGCCAAGAAGUUCAACAAGACCGAGCAAUACAUCGCGGACAACGUGCUGGUGCUGGACAUCUUCUUUGAGGCGCUCAACUACGAGAUGAUCGAGCAGAAGAAGGCGUACGAGGUGGCGGGGCUGCUGGGGGACAUCGGGGGGCAGAUGGGGCUCUUCAUCGGCGCCAGCCUGCUGACCAUCCUGGAGAUCUUCGACUACCUGUACGAGGUGUUCCGGGACAAACUCGUCGGCUUCUACAAGGACAAGAAGCGGAUGCGGCGCGGCAGCGGCACCACGCUGGAGCAUCCCGCCGUGCCGGGCAGCCCCGCCGCCGCGCUCCCACCCAGGACGCCCCUCGGGCCCCGCGCGGCCACGCGGACGGUGUCACCUUCGCCCCGCUCCUGCUACCUCGUCACUCGGCUGUAGGCGCCCCGAGGAAUUCUCCUACCGAGGGGCCCGGCCCCACACCCCCGGCCGGCCGGGGUGUCCGCUGGGGAGCAGCCCCUGCCCUGGGACGGAAGCCAGGUGCCGGGGGGCUGCAAGGUCUCCGCUCCGCAUCCCCGCAUGCGCUGCUCGUCCCCGCGCCCUGCUGUACGUCGCGCCUCGCACCAAUAAAGCCCUGCCCCACA